AUGCCUUCUAAGAAUAGAAAGACUGGCCAAACCAAGGCUCAAGAAUUGGCAAGACUUUGGCUCACAAAAGGGGGCGUCCAUCAUGAGGACUCGGACGAUGAGCUUGGUUGUGAAGACCUCCCAUGGGAGUGGAUUUAUAACUCUUGUCCUGCAGCGGAGCUGCCUGGGGAAGGAUUGCGAGCUAGGAAAACCUCAAGGGUCACAAGUCCCUACCAGAUGCCCAGGAAGAUCAUAGGAGCUCGAAUGGGGUCUUUUGAGUGCAGAUUAGGCCAAGCUGUUCUUCUAAAAUCACCAGAGCCGGGCAAGGAUUGGGCUGGAAUUAUUUGUGAAUUUGUCGAAGAAAAAGAUGAAGACUCAGAUGAGCAAGCUGCACCCAUCAAAUCUGCCAAUAUCAUGUGGUUCGCAUCCCCCGAUGAAUUUUUAUCUACAAGGAAAAAGAAGAGAUCCGACGCUCUACCAAACGAACAGUACAUCACUAUGGAUUUCAAUAUAAACCCUUUGACUGCUAUCAAUGGCAGAGCGCGUAUACUCUCUGCGGAUGCCUUCUUUGCCAAAUACCCUGAGGGUAAGCCCCCUAAAGGACGGGCGGCCCUGGCUGAGUAUAACAAAUGCAUCUUGUGUCGAAGGGGCGUCAAUCAGCUUCAAGGAAACUAUACUGAGCCAUUCAUUUGGGAGGACAUAUAUGAUGAAACAGAAGAAGGGAUGUUUGGUUUGAUUGGGACUAUCCAAUCCGGUUUGAGAAGAUCAAAAAAGAGGAAGGCGGAACAAUCCAACGUGACGGACCACACGUCGGCGCCCGCCACUCCAAAGAAAAAGCAGAAGACAGCAUCCGUUGCAGGGACACCACAGUCACAGCGCAGAAAAAUGCUUACAACACCGACUCAUAAGAGGAUUCUAGUAAAAAAGCCCCUGGAAUUUACGCCACUUGGAACUCGUGUACUUUCUCCUUCAUACUUUUCUUCGCCCUAUAGGCAAGCCCGAAAUUUACUUCAUGUCUCUACGGUGCCCGAUUCCCUGCCCUGUCGGGAUGUGGAGUUCAACACUGUAUACGACAGCCUCCGCGUUGCGAUUACUGAGGGUACUGGAACAUGUAUAUAUAUCUCUGGGCCUCCAGGCACAGGAAAAACCGCGACAGUUCGAGAUGUCAUUGCACAUCUUAAUGGGGCAGUAUUAUCGGAAGAAAUGGAUGACUUCAUAUUCGUUGAAAUAAACGGAAUGAAGGUAACAGACCCACACCAAUCGUACUCUUUAUUGUGGGAAGCAUUAAAAGGUGAUCGAGUUUCGCCCUCCCAUGCUCUCGAUCUUCUGGAGAGAGAGUUUUCGAGGCCAUCACCGCGGCGGGUACCGUGUGUUGUACUUAUGGACGAACUCGAUCAACUAGUAACCAGAAACCAGUCUGUCAUGUACAAUUUUUUUAACUGGCCGGCCCUUCGACACUCUCAUCUCAUCGUUUUGGCGGUUGCAAACACUAUGGACUUGCCAGAGCGAACCCUGAGCAACAAGAUUUCAAGCCGUCUUGGCCUCACUAGAAUCACCUUUUCCGGCUAUAAACAUCAGGAACUUAUGGAGAUCAUUGGUUCUCGACUCAAGAACGUUCCCGGAAAUAUUGUUGACUCCGACGCCAUACAGUUUGCGAGUCGGAAAGUUGCAGCUGUCAGUGGAGACGCACGCCGUGCGCUAGAUAUUUGCCGUCGAGCAGUAGAAAUUGCCGAACAAGUCAGUGAUGCAACCCAAAUGAAGACCAACAACAUAUCUCUAGACGCCGAUGAUGAUUUUCCACCGACACCAAGUAAGAGUACGAACCGUCGUACCAGAAAGGAGGUCACCAUCAAGGAAAGUUCUUCGAAAGCUCAUGGAACGGGAAAGAAAGAACAAAAACAAGAAACUCUCCCUCGCGUGACAAUUGCAACGAUCAAACAAGCCAUUCAAGAAGCAACGUCCACGCCACUUCAGCAGUCCCUUCGUUGUCUUCCGCUUUCUGCUAAAGUCUUCCUCUCGGGCCUUCUUGCUCGCCUUCGUCGCACAGGGAUCACCGAAUGUACCCUCGGAGACAUUCUUGACGAGGCCAAGCGCAUAUCUGACGGCGCAAUAGCUGUUGCUGGCGCUGCAAGUCAGUCCUUGAAGGAAUAUAUCACAUCUUCAUCGCGUGUCCAUUCAAUGGGGUGGGCCGCUGUUGAAAUGAUGAAUACCGGUAUUCUAGCUUUGGAAGGUGAAUUGGGGAUAAAAAAUGGAUACGGUAUGGGGUAUGCCCUAGGUAGAGGGAAUAGAAGCGGAAAGGUUAGGCUAAGAAUUGCUCCAGAAGAUGUGAAGGCGGCAUUUAGAGACGAUGGGGAGGCAAGAAUGUUGGGGAUCGGAUUUGAUGGGUAG